AUGACUGCUGUCGUGGAGGAUUAUUUGGAGAGUCCCAUGGACAAUGACGACGUCUUCCCUUGCAAAGGUUGCGGCGAGAUCCUAGAAGAGGGCAAAGCGUUCGAACUUGUCUCCAAGUUCAACCAGGCUAACCAGUCUCCUCCUCCUUCAGCUGGAAACCGAUGGCAUCUCAACUGCUUCCGCUGCAAUACUUGCGGCACCCUUCUCGAUUCCGAUGCGAACCUGCUACUCCUCGGCGACGGCUCGCUCAUCUGCAACAACUGUACAUAUAGCUGCAGUGCCUGCAACAACAAGAUCGAGGACCUCGCCAUCCUCACCGGGGAUCAGGCCUUCUGCGCAACGUGCUUUAGGUGUCGCAACUGCAAGCGGAAGAUCGAGAACCUGCGAUAUGCUCGAACUUCGCAAGGUAUUUUCUGUAUGAGCUGUCAUGAGUCGCUCAUGGCAAGACGGAGGAAAAAAUCAAAAGCAGCAGCCCAGGCCAAGUCGAAAGAGAAGGACGGCUCCCCCAUGAUUACCGACAAGUCACUUCCCGCCUUGCCACCCAAUGCCAUUCCUCCGAAUGCCUUCCACGAUACCAAAGUCGACCCCGAUUCAGACAAGGAGACUCCGACCGAGCUGUCCCCAAGACCGCGACCGGCAUACGGCAGAAAUGAUUCUUCGUCAAAAAAUAGCACUCGGCCUUCGCGUUCUCCUGAGCGUGUCUCCGAGCCCGCCAGGGAAAGCGGCUUGGGUCUUCCUGCUGCAAACUACCGCAACAACCGCAACUCGACCAUGUAUGCUCCUAAUAACAACGCCGAUACUAACGGCGGUGACGACGGUUUCUUCAUUCCGGUGGCGCUGGAUAACAACCCGGCAUCGAAUGCUACCCCCCGAUCGACAUCGGAGAACGUGUCCAGCGCAUCCAAGAAGGAUAAGGACUACUUCAGCGUGCCCCGAGCCAGCACUGAUCAAAAGGGCGAAUCCCAGUCCUCAACACCCCAUAUUGCUUUUCAGGAGAAGGGUCGACAGCCGUCGUCUGAUUAUGAGUCAGGGCCCAUUAAGUUGCCGCUGCGCAAGACUUCAAAGUCAUCUCGGCAUGACGGGCGAUCAUCGGUCAUCAAUGAUGAGAAAUCGCACAAGGUUACAACCGGCAAGCUCUCGCCAUCGAUUGAUGAGUUUAAGUUGCAAGAUGCGCCCAAGAGCAAGAAGCUCAUUAGCCCGAGAAGUGCCUCUCACUCGGCCGCCUUGACCCCAGAGAGCGGCAGCGCCAAGAGCAGCGAAGGUGUUCUGCGCAAAGACAAGGAGCCGUUUCCUAACUUGCCUUCGUCCGAUUCACCUCCACGCAUGGCCCGAUCGUCUCAAGAUUCGAGACAGCGCGAUGAGGGCGAGGUGCGUCCUUCGAUGGACUCCAUCUCUUCCUCGCGAACAGACACAACUGCUGGCAAAUCCAUUGCUCGUAAAGAGCUUCCCUCGCGUAGCUCCAACGGCAAACCUCUAGGUCGAUCCAACACACAUGAUGAGACAACCUCAUCAGGUCUCGCAGCCGGGCGACCGAAUAUGACUGAGCACAAGCUCAGCGAUACUUACAUGCAGCCUCGAGCACCCCCUCAACCGCCCGGCAAACCUGCCAACUCUCCCAAUCCUCCCGCAAAGGAUCAGGCGAACGUCAACGAGGAAGGAAAGGUAUCACCUAAGCUGCCUAGAUGGAGUGCAGGUGGCGAUUUCAGUAUGGACGAGGACAUGGCGAGGAUACUUGGCACCGACGCAGAUUCGUCGUCCAUCCUUCGUCGUGUAUCAAAUGCCGUCCGUCACGGACGUACCAACAGUACCGAGGGUGGUCAUUCUCAGACUCAACAUCCUCAUAGAGUCACAGGUCACACGAGGAGCAUCAGUGAGACCACCCGCGGUACCGCUUCUCCUCGCUGGCCCAAGACCCCGAUUGCCGAGGAUCCCAACGGACAUGAGAUCAGCAGCCCUAUUUCCCUGCACUCAAGCGACGAUCCGGCUUUCCUCAAGAGGCAAUUGCGCAACUCAGAGAAUCGUGUUGCCGAGUUGGAGAGACAGUUCACUACGGAGAAGGACUUGAAGCGUCUUAACAAGACGCUCAUUGAAAAGCGCAAAACAGUUUCGGUGUUGGAUACUCAGACUGAGAUUAUGAUUCGUCAGCUGGAAGUUCUCGCCGGAUACGUCGAACGCGCAAAGGAGACCAAGACACCUGUCGAUCCCCGCGACCUGGAAGAUUCUGCAAUCAAGGAGUUUGUGCAGAAGCUUGACAAGGUCAAGCAGGCCAUGAGCGCAGCUAUCGAGCAGCUACACGAGGAACGCGACGAGCUAGUCGACGAGAAGAACCAGGCAAUGGCCGACAGGGACCGCGCCCUGCUGGAGUUUGAGCAGCUUUCUUCCAAGAACGCCCAGCUUGCGGACAUGAACAACGAAAUGACCCACCAGAUCCAAGAACGGUUCAAGUCUCAAAUUGGAGGCGAACUCAAGUCUCCCAACGGUCUUGGCAUUUACAGCCAGAGCAAGGUCUUCUCAUCAUCCAAUCUGAACCUCACCGACUCGGCGAGCAUGACCACGACUCUCGUUCAUGAGACGGAUGAGCCAGUUGUUGAAGCUCGACCGACAGUGGUUGAUAUUAGGAAGGGCCAGGUGAAGAAGUUCAACUGGAAGAAGGGAUCCAAGGGCCUCGCAGGAAGCGUGGCCAAGGGUGUCAACCGUGCCGUCGUGGCUUUCCAGCAGGAGCGCGAACGCGGUCCUCAUCAGGGCCUGACGGGAGACAGCAUCGGCCUGCCGUACAAUAUGACUGUUUCUCAAGUAGAAGCACCCAGUACCCAGGCUCUUGGAGCUGCCUCGCAGCAGAAGAAUGCGCAGCAAGCACAAGGUUUUGGCUUCUUCAAGAACAAGAAUAACCAGAAGUCCAUGUCCACGACCAACGUGUCGACGCCCACGAUCGCAGAGGCGCCCACCACAUUGUUCGGCUCAGACCUAACUGAAAGAGCUGACUACGAAAGGCGCACCAUCCCAAGCGUAGUAACACGUUGUAUCGAAGAGGUUGAGCUUCGCGGUAUGGAUAUUGAAGGCAUCUACAGAAAGACGGGCGGCAACUCCCUGGUGAAGGUCAUUCAAGAAGGAUUCGACAAGAGCGAGGACUACGACAUCUCAGACCCUGGCCUAGACAUCACCGCGGUGACGAGCGUGUUGAAGCAAUACUUCAGGAAGCUGCCAAUGCCGUUGUUAACGUACGAGGUGUACGACAGAGUCCUGGAGUCGAAUGACCAGACUGAACGCUGUGACCAUCUUCGUAAGGUUUUCAGCACGAUGCCACAGCGACACCGCGACUGUCUUGAGUUCUUGAUGUUUCAUCUUGCGCGGGUUGCUCAACGGGAGCCUGAGAACUUGAUGUCUCCCAAGAACUUGGCGGUCGUGUUUGCGCCCACUAUCAUGCGGGACACGAGCCUGGAACGUGAGAUGACAGACAUGCACGCCAAGAACCUGGCUGUGCAAUUCGUUGUCGAGAAUAGCCACACCAUCUUUACCGACUGA